AUGGUAAAUUGGCGCGUAUUAGCCCGCUUUAUAAACCACUUCUGAUCCGUCAUUGUAAUUGAACAUGUAAGGUCGUGUAAAGAAUAAAAUAAACAAUUUCGUGAAACAUCCAGAUAGAGAACAGCAACGGGGUUAUUUCCUAUGGAACCCUAGAAAUUGUUAGAUAAAUAUUGAGAUAUGAUACGGACGUACAAACUUUAUGAUUUAUUAUUAGUUAAAUAAAUGAAUAGGGAAUGCCAACAGUGUAUAAUGUGUUUUCAAUUGUGUGCGUAUCUGUGGGUGAGAGGAAAGUGUUGAUAAGGUUGCGUAAUGGAACUAGUGUCAUUCGCCAAAGAAGCGCUCCAGGGUGCUGCGGAGCAUGCAGCUAGCUAUCGUUUGGGACAGACCGUGCUGCGGUACAUGGAUCGGGCGCUAUGGGUCGUUGAGAAGAGCGCCAGAUGGGCUGUGCCGCCUCCGCUGGAUCAAGACGAACGCCCUCAGGCCGAGCUAAUCCGUCCCCUAAACUGGGUUCUUUUUCUGGCGCUGCUGGUCGUGCUGCGAGUUACGAGAGAGUCCAUCUCACUAAUAAACCUCGCUCUUGGGAAACCACCUCUUAGAUCAGCAGACGUUGUGAGCUACAUCCAGAGUAAGCGUCGUUACCUGCGCACCCUUAAGUAUUCCGGCGGGCGCGCUCUCCGCUGUCGGACGUCUCCCGGUGCGCCGCGCUCCUGGGGGGAGAGACUCGUACAGCUGUUACAGAGGACCAUGUGCUAUCGGAGCUGCGGGGAGCCGCAAGGGGACGGAGACGAAGUCAUGGUGGUGAAACGCAGUAAGCGUCUCAGACAGGACCCGAACCCUGUACCGUCUGAGACCAGCAUGGAGAGGCUCAUAGAGAAGAUGAUGGUGGACAUGGAGGACUCGGACGAAUCAUCGAGUUAUACUCUCACAAACGUAACGAGCGCGAGAAGCGACAGAUCCGACUGCACGGAGUCCGAUCAAGACGCACACAAAAACACAAACGCACAAACGGACGAUCAAAACAACGGAAACGUAUCAACGGAACUUCACGGAACUUCACGGAAGAGAGAGCCCCUAGAUGUAACGAUAAGGUCGGGACUUAACGGGAACUCCAAAGAGGCGACCAUAGAUUUCAUUCAGAACGAAACAGGCCCGGAGAUUGUCGUUCAGAAACAUAAGAAAUUUGCCAAUGGACGAGCACAGAAUAAUUCUUUCGCUAAAGAAAGGAAUGCAGACGAAUCUUGGUCGAACAAUGAAAAGUGAAUCAUAUGUUUAUAUUAAUAAGGUAAAGGUGCAGAGGAUUCGUGAAUUAAAAGCACCAACUGUUACCCAUGACAUAGGUUAUAUAAUAUAUAACCGUAUAUAUGACAUAUAAUAUAUAUACACAUAUAUAAUUAAUAUUGGUGCCUGAGACCCAUAUAAGGUUAUUUUAUUAAGUUCAUCUAAGUUUUUUAUCAUUCUCUAUUAAUCACUGAACCGCAAGUGUUUAAUUAAGGACACUUAUUAAAUUAAAUUCAUUAAUAAUUAUAAGGCAGCUUUGUAUUUAGAUUUCUUUUAAACUAUUAUGCAUUUUUAAGUUCCUAAUCAGUUGUACAUUGAUCAGCUUUUGAGACGAUGGCUGUUUUUUUUUUUUUUUAUAAAAUAGCAAAGAUUUUUUUUUUAUCAGCCAAUAAUUUAAUUAAUUUUUUAUUACAUUUUCAUCAUCCGAUUUAAUCUUAUACUAAAUGAUUGUCACAUUUUUAUGUAUAAGAAUAAUUUUGUUACAAUCUAAUAGGAGUAUAUCUUUUUUAAUAUAAUAUUAUGUAAAUAUCAAUGAACAGUGCUAAUGUUUUUCGAAAUUCAAAAAAUUGUUAUUUAACUUUAAACGUUAAUAUUCUUGUAAAGUCCAUAAAUAUUUGGCUGUGUAAUCAUUAACAAGACUGACCAAAAAUUUUUAUACUGUUCCUAAAUAUGCUUGUAACUCAAUAUUUGGUAUUUUUAUACCUAGUUUUUAUAAAGCACGAGGCGUUUUUUUAAUGUUCUAAUCAAAAUAUAUUUAUAUGAAAUAAAA